GGUGAAAACAAAAACCAUAUAAACCUCAUUCUUCGUCCAUUUCUAUUCUUUUCAUUUACAUCUUCCAUCUCAUUGUUUUCUUUGAAAUUACAACGUCACAAUGUUUUCUACCACGACUUGUGCUUUGAAAGUGAACACAAAUUGCGAGGGAUGGUCUGAGAUUAUAAGCAAAAUACUUAACGAAAUCAAAGAUCUAAACUACAACUUCAAUACAAAGGAAGGGGUGAUAUAUAUUUCUGGCAGGAUGGAUUCACCUAAAAUUAUGAAGAUGAUAACCAAGCAUGGAAAUACAGUGAAGCUUUGUUGGAUGAAAAGUGUGAAACAAUUUCCUCCUAUGCAUAUGCCUAUGCAUGCUGCAGGUUAUCCAUCAUAUCAAAGAGGAUUCUACCCUAGUCCUCAUCCUACACCAAUGCCUUAUUAUCAUCCCUAUUAUCAUCAGUAUCAACAGUAUCAGUACAAUAACUAUGAUCCCAUGUAUGGCCAUCACCAACAUGGUUAUUAUCCACGGUUACCUUAUUAUUACUAGUGCUUCUGUUGGUGUUUUUACCAUGUUCCUGUCAUUAUGAACCCUAUCUGUGAUAAUUCUAGAAUUGUACUCCUAUUAUUAGGAACCAUAUCUGUGAUGCUUCUAGAAUUGUACUGCUAUUAUUGUGAACCUGGUUUUUUAAGGUUCAUAAUUUUAAGCUUUUGAUGUUUAAGUAUUGUUAUGUUUCUAGAAUAGUAUUAUUAUUGUGAACCUGGUUUUUUAAGGUUCAUAAUUCUAAGCUUUUGAUGUUAAGUAUUGU